AUGCUCAUCGACGCACCGCCUAGCUCGCUACCAAGCUUCGGCUUCGUACCAACGGGCGAAGACAAAGGCAUCGAAAUCGAGGUGGAGCCGGAGGCCAAGGCUCCACCCUCGAUUCCCGAGCCCUACAAGGACCUCGAGGCAGUCUUCAGCGAGGUGGAAGCAGACAAGCUGCCGCCUCGUACUGACACAGACCUGCCGAUCGAGCUAGUGCCAGGUACAAAGCCGCCGCAAGGCCCUCUCUACCUCAAGGGGCCCAAGGAGAUGGAGGAGCUCCGUAAGUACCUCGACGAGAACCUCGCUAAGGGCUUCAUUCGGCCCUCGAAGAGCCCAGCACGCUCGCCUGUGCUCUUCGUACCGAAGAAGGAUGGAGGUCUGCGCUUAUGCGUGGACUACAGAGGCCUCAACGAGGUCACCAUCAAGAACCAAGCUCCGCUCCCCCUCAUUGAGGAGCAGCUCUUCCUCCUCCGCAACGCCAAGAUCUACACGAAGCUGGAUCUCAAGGCGGCGUACAACCUGGUACGCGUCGCUGACGGCGACGAAUGGAAGACGGCAUUCGGCACGCAGCUCGGCCUCUACAAGUACCUCGUGAUGCCGUUCGGGCUGGCCAAUGCCCCCUCCCACUUCCAAUCACUCGUCAACAGCAUCUACAGGGACAUCAUCGGCAUCUACGUGGUGGUGUACUUGGACGACUUCCUCAUCUUCAGUAACACAGAGGAGGAGCAUGUCAGCCACGUACGCGAGGUGCUCAAGAGGCUACGCGAGCACCGGCUGUUCGCCAAGCUCUCGAAGUGCACCUUCCACACAGACACGGUGGAGUUCCUGGGCUACAUCAUCACGCCGCAAGGCAUUGAGAUGGACCAGGAGAAGGUCCAAACCAUCAAGGAGUGGCCGCUGCCGCAGUCGAUACACGACAUACAGCGCUUCCUGGGGUUCGCUAACUUCUACAGGAGGUUCAUCUCCCACUUCGCUCGGAUCACUAGGCCUCUGACCGAGCUCGUCAAGCCGACGGAACGCUUCAAGAAGUUCCAGCUCCCGGACGCUGCUGUCCAGGCUUUCCACCAGCUCAUUGAGGCUUUCACCACGGCGGGUGUGUUGAGGCACUUCGACUAUCACAAGCCGACUCGCCUCGAGACAGACGCCAGCGACUUUGCCUUGGCAGGGGUCCUCAAACAGGAGACCGAGAAGCGAUGGCAUCCCGUGGCGUUCUACUCGCGCAAGAUGACCUCGGCGGAGAAGAACUACGAGAUCCAUGAUAAGGAGCUUCUCGCCAUCGUCGCCUGCCUACAUCAGUGGCGCCACAUGCUCGCCGGGCUGCCCAAUCAGUUCGCUGUGCUCUCGGAUCACGAGGCGCUCAAGUACUUCAAGGCACAGCGCCGCAUCAGUGGCCGCCAAGCUCGAUGGUCAGUACUACUGGCUGACUUCGACUUUGUGGUCCAGUACCGGCCAGGAGACAAGGCUGGCGAGCCUGACGCACUCACUCGGCGCUCAGACAUGGAGCCCUCGGAGGAGGAGCGAGAGCACAACGUGCGUCAACUACUGCACCCUAGGAUGUUCGAGGUCGAUACCGCCACUUCGGCAGAAGGCAGGAUGGACCCGGCCGAAGUGAACGAGUUCGGCUUAGCUUGCGGAGCCUCUGCCGAGACCACCAAUAGGAGCACACCGCUCAUCUCGAUGGCCGCUAUCGUCGAAGGGGGCCUUACAGCGCUGGUGCAAACCUUCCAGCCCCUCAAUGUUGAGCUCCUCGAGGUCCACAAGAGCACGCCGUUUGAGUGCAAGGACGGCCUCUGGUACCGAGAGGGCCGACUGGUGAUCCCCAGAGUCACCUUGAAGGGCAAGCAAGGCCGUGGCGACACACGUUCGGCCAAACUCAUCAGCGAGCACUCGCUGUCAGUCGAACACCUUCGAUACAUGGUCAUGACUCAGUGUCAUGAUGGUGUUACGGCUGGGCAUGUGGGGCGCGAUGCCACCCUGGAGCUGGCUCAGCGCUCCUACUGGUGGCCGGGCAUGCGAGCUUGGAUAGCCGACUACGUGGCAAGCUGCCCCGUGUGCGCUCGCUACAAGGCUCCUCGCCAUCGGCCAUAUGGCCUGCUCAAGCCGCUGGCCACCCCCACGCGCCCGUGGGGCUCACUCUCGAUGGACUUCAUCGAGGGCCUUCCAUCCUCGAAGGGAUUUGACUCCAUCCUGGUAGUCGUUGACCGACUGACCAAGAUGGCGAUCCUCACCCCCUCUCACAAGACUGUGACCUCGGCUGGUACUGCCGAGCUCCUCCAGCAGCACGUCUUCAGUCGAUUUGGCUCACCGGAGCACAUCGUCUCCGACCGCGGGAGGCAGUUCAUCUCGGCAAUGUGGAAGAGCUUCGCGAGCUCGCUCGGCAUCCAGCACUCGCUCUCCACGGCCUACCACCCACAGACGGAUGGGCAGACCGAGCGGGUCAACCAAGUGGUGGAGCAGUACCUUUGCAUGUACUGCAACUACGAGCAGGACAACUGGGUGGACCUACUGGCCAAUGCCGAGUUCGUCUACAACAACACAGUCCACACCAGCUUGGGCGUCUCACCCUUCUUUGCCUGCUAUGGGUGGAACCCCAAGAUGCACCCCGAGAUACCUGAGCGGGUUGGCAUCCUGGACCCCAAGCGGAAGGAGUUCGCCACCUCGGCGGCCGAGCUCACCAAGUACCUGCAGGACCAGGUACGUCAAGCUCAGGCACGCGCGGUCGACCAGUACAACAAGAAGCACCUGGACAUGCAGUUCAAGGUCGGUGAUAUGGUGUACAUCAAUCGCCGCAACUGGAAGACUCGAAGGCCAAGCCCUAAGCUUGACACUCGCUUCGCGGGCCCCUUCCCCAUCCUCGAACGGAUCGGCCAGCGAGCGUAUCGUCUCCAGCUGCCAGCUUCUCUAAGGGUCCACGAUGUCUUCCACGUCUCGAUGCUAGAGCGACAGAAGCCCAGCCAGCUUCAGGACCGCGCGAGGCAGUCGGUCAUGCCGCCCUUGCAUGAUGAAGACCUCGAGUUCGAGGUAGAAGCCAUCAUAGGGCACCGUGUUGAGGACGGCCAGCUCAGGUACCACGUCCUCUGGAAGGGCUACCCUGAAGAGCAGGCCACCUGGGAAAGGGUCGAGAUGCUCUCCUGCCCUGACCCCAUCCAGGAGUAUGAGGAAAAGCGGGGGGGACGACCUCAACGAACAGCUCGAAACCGACUUCGGCAAUAA